AUGGCACGUCGCGAAUUGAUUCUCAUUGCUCUGAUCUUGGUUGCCAUUGUCGGAGUUGCGAUGGCAGCAGAUUCGAGUAGUAGUCCUUCGCCAUCGGAAUCGCCCAAGAAAGACGACAAAAAAGACUCUGACAGUUCAUCUUCAUCAUCAGAUAAGGACAAAUCGUCAUCAGAUAAGGACAAUUCAUCAUCAGAUAAGGACAAUUCAUCUGAUGCCCCGUCAUCAUCAUCGGACAAGGACAAGUCAUCAUCGGACAAGGACAAAUCAUCAUCGGACAAGGACAAGGAUAAGUCCUCAUCCGCCCCAAGCCCAUCAGCACCAUCCCCCAAGUCAUCCGACGGUGGUAAGUCAUCAGACAAGGACAAGUCAUCAUCUGCUCCGGCUCCAAGCAAGGGCAGUGAUAAAGACAGCUCAUCUAAGUCACCUAAAUCCUCCGCAAGCUCGCCCGACUCCAGCAAGGACAGCGGCAAAGACAAAGGUAAAGACAGUUCAUCUCCGUCGCCUAAGUCUUCUUCCUCCAGCUCUCCCAAGUCCUCACCGUCUUCAAGCGCCAAGGACGACAGUAGCAGCAGUCCGGCUUCUUCCCCCAAGUCAUCAAAAAACAAGGACAAGGACGACAGUAGCUCUGCUCCAUCUUCCGACUCCUCUUCCAGCGCCUCCGCCCCUUCCCCCGAUGACUCAGCCUCAGCAUCCCCUCCUGCCCCUACUCGUGACACUACUACAGAGGCUCCCUCUGACGUUGUGACUGCGGACACACCCUCUCUCGCUGAGGCUCCCUCUAAAACCGCCGCCCUCCCCACCUUCUUCUCCACUGCCUCCACCGCCGGUGCUCUCGUGCUCGCAGCCGCCUCCUUCUUUGCCUUUUAA